GCUUUGUCCGGGAUGUCCAAUGUGCAAUGUAGAGAUCCCGAGGCGGACGUCAGCAGCCGGGGCAUUUACAGAAUGCCCUGAGUGUAAUUUUCUACACCUGGAGCGCUACGGGACAUUCGAGGAAUACACCGCUGCAAAUAUGAUGUUGAGAAAUGUCAACCAUCCAGAAGUCGAGCCGUACAUCCCAAGGUUUGUUGAAACGCCACAGUUCUGGACAGGGGAGCAGCCCCGACACGUACAAAGGAUUCCUGCAAUAGAACUUGAAAGAAUGAGCAGAGUCAGAAAGCAAGAAUUUGAAUUUUACGAGGAAAUCCGAGGAAAAUCCGUCAACAUCUUGGAAGGUUUGGAAUUACAUACAGGAGUUUUCUCAGAAAGAGAUGAAAGAAGGAUUCUAGACUGCGUGUUUGACUUGCGAGACAGAGGUCGCGCCGGAUUAUUGAUGGAGAAGACGUACUCAGAGCCGCAGAAAUGGAUGAGGGGCAAAGGACGAAUUACUAUUCAAUGCGGUUGCUGCUACAACUUCACGAGGGAUAGGCUGGGGAAUCCCCAGGGUAUCUUAAGAUACGACGAGUUGGACCCUCUGCCUUUCGAGAUAAAAAGAAUGAUCAAAAGAAUGGUAAGGUGGAGCAUACUGCCUGCGGAUUGCAUCCCAAAUAGCUGUAUUAUUAACAUCUAUGAGGGAGACUGCAUUCCGCCCCACAUAGAUCACCACGACUUUGUCAGACCCUUCUGUACGGUGUCCUUCAUGAGCAAGAGCAACAUUCUAUUCGGAAGAGAAAUUGACGUUCUGGGACCUGGAGAGUUCAGAGGAUCGGUCGAGAUUCCGCUGCCAGUGGGUUCAGUUCUGAUUUUGAAAGGAAAUGGAGCAGACUUGGCGAAACAUUGCAUCCCGGGAGUGCCGCACCGCAGGAUUUCUGUUACUCUAAGAAGGAUGGACGAUAGCAAGGUGCCACACGGGUUUCGGCCAGAUGUGGAAUUGGAAGAAUUACGCCCGUACUAGUUGUGAGAUGGCUGUACCUCUAAGUAUACGCGAAAGGACUCUUACCCCGAAGCGUGGCUUAGAAGGUUAGCUUGAUCACGAGCUGACAUCGAA